UUUCUCACCCUGUCGAGGAGAAGAGAGAGUCGAGCCCGUGGCUGCCUGAGAACCUUAUGGAUCCCUGAGAGAGGGAGAGCAAGGGAGAGAGAGAGAGGAAGGGGACCAGUGCUGUGAGUGGGGAGCGAGAAUGCUGUAAGGAGUACAGUUCAGGGAGGAAAUAAACUGGACUUUUCUGUCUUUAUUUAAAAAAAACCUGUGGACUAUCUGAUACGUUGAGUGAGGGUCUCAGUGGAUUAUACAGAACCAGACAGAACCAGCACCAUGGGAGCCCCCAGGGUAAAGGUUUUGGUUAUCUCUCCGCUGCUCGUGUUCCUAUUGUGCAUCCUCCCCUCCCACGCCCAGGACGAGUACUCUGGUUACCACUCAGGUGAUGAACACACCUAUGAGGGCUCCUUGGUCGACAACUAUGAGCGUUCAGGAUACCCACAACCAGAGGAAUACCCACCGGAGCCCACUCACAGCUAUGAGGAGCAGCAACCCUCAUCUGGAUAUGACCCCUAUGCACCAGCCCCCACCAGUGUGAGCAUGAUCACAGAGGACUCCUACCCCUACACCACCACCACACAGGUACCAUACGAGCAGGAGCCCUACGAAGAGUCGCUCCAGGCCCCUGGUGGUGGGGAGGCUUCUCUGGGGGAGGAGGGGCCAACAGACUGUAACUGUGAGCCUGGAGAGCCAGGGUUCGCUGGGUUUGCAGGGCCCAAGGGAGCCAGAGGACUGCAAGGUAAAGAUGGCUUCCCUGGGGUUCAGGGACGGGAGGGGUACAAAGGAUUCAAAGGAGUUCUAGGAAGAGGAGGAGACACAGGGCCUGAGGGUGACUCCGGGCCUGAUGGGGAGGGCGGUGCCUCUGGUUUCUCUGGAGCCCAGGGCUUGCCUGGUCUUCCUGGAGAUCCAGGUGAGACAGGGGUGCUAGGACUGAAGGGUGACAUCGGUAUGGAGGGGCCACGCGGAGGAGUGGGGGUAACGGGUGAAACUGGUCGAAUUGGUGAGGCAGGGCCUGGUGGGCCUGAUGGAACUGGAGGUAUCAAGGGAUCAACUGGAGCAGAAGGGAAACAGGGUCCUGAGGGAACAGAAGGGGAAAAGGGUCAGAUUGGAGCACCUGGAUUCUCAGGAGACCAUGGGGAGAUGGGCUAUAAUGGGUAUCCUGGAGAGCCGGGAGGCAGAGGAGAGACCGGUCACAAGGGUGACCAAGGCCCAGGGGGCAUGCCAGGCAGUGAUGGGGAGCCUGGAGAGGAUGGUCCUCUUGGAGUUCCUGGGGUGAUCGGCUUUCCUGGAGAGUUUGGACAAAAGGGCACAAGCGGGGAUCGUGGUGUGAGGGGACCUCCUGGGAGAGUAGGAGCUGGGGGGCCUCAAGGAGCGAGAGGAGAUGCAGGAAUUCCAGGGAAACCAGGACCUAAAGGCCUGCAGGCCCAGCCUGGAGCCAAAGGGGAGACAGGACCUGAUGGUGAGAAGGGUGGGGUUGGAAGAACUGGUGUGAAGGGAGAAAAAGAGGACAAGGGAAGUUUUGGAGCACGUGGUGACAAAGGACAGCAAGGGGAGAGAGGUACCAUCGGCCCUGAUGGCAUUGUUGGACGAAAUGGCCCCCCCGGCAUCCCAGGCUCCAGAGGAGAGCCAGGUCCAGGUGGUGACCUGGGCGUCAAAGGUGGCUCUGGACCUAAAGGAGUGCCAGGUGCCCCUGGCCCUGGGCUGACAGAUGAGCAGGUAUUGCAGCUGUGUAAAGGAGUGGUGACAGCCCAGAUCUCCCAGUAUGCAGCUUCCAUCCGGGUCAAGUGUUCCCAGGGCUGCCCCAUCAACAACCGCACACUUAUUGGGCCGCCCGGAACCAGGGGACCAACUGGAGAAUCAGGCAAACCCGGUAAAGCGGGCAAAGCUGGAGUGAAAGGAGGCAGGGGCAUCCAAGGGGACACAGGAGUGGAUGGUCAGAAGGGGACAGUGGGUGAAAGAGGAACAAAAGGCCCGAAAGGAAAGGGCGGUGAGCCUGGUAAAGGUCUGCCAGGACACGAUGGGCAUCAAGGCCUCAGAGGGCUGCCAGGCCACCCAGCAGAGCCAAAGAAUGGUAUGGCAGGUCACAGAGGGCCCCGUGGUUUCACAGGCGCUUUGGGCCAGCCUGGCAUGGCAGGCAACGCAGGAGUGCCCGGCUUCUGUGAGGCACGGGACUGCAGCAUUCACGCGCCUGUGAUGCGCAAGGAGCAGGGCCUAGUGAAGGGACCCCGCGAUCUAAGCCCCAAGAUUUAACCCCAACAAGGAGCUUCAGGAAUAGGUGAAGGUCCACGACGAGGGGUCACUCUGGACGGUCGCUCCAUGACAACAUUGAAGUUAAUUCAAUUCACAUCUCAGCCAAACCAGGAAUUGACAUUGAGUUUUGAACUGGGAAAUUACCAAUGUGUACAGCAUUGAUCUUUUUGAAUUUCAUGCCUAAUUCAAUUCCUGUAUUGACUGGUAUUGAAAUGUAAUUAAUCCGAGCACUGUUCAAUGGGGCUCACCAGUGAUGGAAGGGUUUGGUGGGACACGCUGGACUCUGCACAGAGAUGAAACCAGCCUUGACGCAUUUCAUCUGAGCCAAGCAAGGCUCCAAAUGAACUCUGUUUAGGCAUAAUUGAUAACUUUUUUGUUAGGCCAAAAUAGAUUUUUUUAUGCAGAAACAAAAAAUGAAAUUGUCUUCCUCCAAGCAAACCAUAAGUAAAGGGGCUUGAGAAACUGGCUAAAAGAAAUUGGCAGAAAAUGAAACUUCCAGGAGUCUCUGGCUACCAGUCAGGUUUUGUUUUUGAUAUGAUCAACAAUGAUGGGUAUACAUUGAAAAUAAAAAGUGAUGUAAAUAAUUUUGUAAAGUAUCGCAAGUACAUGUACUGUGUGUUCUGAAAUAUCACUGUUUUAGAUAAAUUCUGUCUUACUUUUUCUUAAGAUGAGUCCUCACUUUUUUAGUCGCCACAGUUUGAGCGUGUUUCUGAGAAUGUGUGGUCUCUUUCAGUCAUCUCAUAUUUGGGUUAAUCUAAAUAAUUUAUCCCUCCCCCCCAAUUAACAGAUGUUCACAGUCAAGAUAACAUUGAUCAAUAUAAAAUAAAAAAUAACAUACUAUUUGAUAUUAUUUCAUAUUAAAAAUAAUACAUUGAAAUGUGUUAUACAGUAUAUUGUAUUUGGAAUUUCUAUAGUUAAAUAAUCUGACAAUGAUUUGUAGGACAGCACAAAAUGUCUGUCGAUUAAAUACAUUUACUAUAUUCAUUGGAUGGCGAUUUUGAUUUUUAAAUAGAUUUUCAUGUACAUUAUUUAUUUUGCAUAAAUAACUUUCACGUGAACAGGAUGUUAAACUCUUAUCACCUCUUAAUUGAUAUUUUUGUCAUUGUCAAUCUUCAUUGAGAAUCAUUCCAACACAUUACAAGGCAGAAACAUAGCCCUGUAAACUCAAGUAUAUCACACACGUGUUCUUAACAUUUGUACUUUUGUGUACAUGUUGGCAAUCAGAACCCUGAUACAAAAGAGUCACAAUGUUUGGAGACAAUUCAGAUUAGAAAAUGAGCAGAGCAUGAAAAUGGGUGAUUAUCUCUCAUCAAAAGCAUGCUAAACAUUAUGGUAUACAACUAUGCUAUGAAAGUACACAUGAAUAAACACAAGAAAAUAAACCUUAUUAAAAUGUUUAACGCU